ACAAGUUUGGACGCAAUGUUUGGAUGGUUACAGUUUACACAUGUUUUUGCAUCAAUAAUUGAAGUAUGCAUUCUCUAAAGUUAUUGGAGACAGGUUAAUUAUUCAUUAUGGUUAAAAAGAAAGAAAGAGCGUCCAGGCAAUCUCCUAAGAAAGAUGCAAGAAAGAAAAAAGAUGAUGUUGUCAUUCACACUGGAUUGCCACCAAAAGUUGAAGGUCAACUGCGAUGUCACUGUUGCCUUAGUGUAAGUCAGGUCAAAUGGACUUGCCCUUCACCUCCUGAUGUCACACAUGUGCGUGUUAGAUGGUGGGGAGAAGAAGGAGAGGGUGCCAUUUUCAGGCCAUAUGAUGCCAGGAAGGGAAAUUUUGCUAUGGCUAAGACUCUGGCUAGGUACCCUAUUAAAUCAGGUCCAAAGCAGUUUUCUGCAUACCUUACUGACAUGUCCAGUCUGUUGAUUGAGGUUCUCAGUGGAGGAAUGAUGGUUCCUGUUGGAUAUGCUGAAGUAACAGACCUUGGAAAGCUUUCAUCAAGUUCACCUGUUAAAGGUUGGUAUCCUGUUAUGUCUCCGAAUGAUGACAAACUGGCAGAGUUAGAAGUUUCCCUGCAUCUGGAAACUGUGACAGAUUCCUAUGACAGUCUGGGCGAUUCUAUCCCAACCACUGAUUUGAGUAUGGAUGCUAAUGGUGUCAAUGACUCUAUGUACCCACAACGAAUACAACAUAAAGCUCCUUACGCCAUUCCACCCAGAAUACCAACAGAUGACCCCUUUAUAUCACCUGUGUCUAAUCAGAAUGGCUCUGUGCCAAAUGGCUAUGCAAAUACUGCAGCAGACUUAAGAAAACAGCUCAAUUAUAGUUUCCAUGACAACCGGCAGCAUUCACAUCCUCAGCCAGUAGAGUCUGGUAGUACUGUUGAAGUGACAGCAAACGGUGACAUUGUGACCUCAGAUCUAGACCAAAACCACCUCAAUUUCAUCUCCCACCCCACCCCCAAUCACAGUGCCAUAUCAGUACAAUCCUCCAAAUCGUCACGGAAACAAAAAGCGUCCGUUCGUGAACCACCCCCACAAGCUGCACCAAGAGGUGCAGAGGGACCAGAGGUUGGAGAUUUGCUUUCGAUUCUUCUGCAAAAAGGAGACAAGUUACGCAAAGAAAUGAUUAUUUCGUCUGUGGAAGAUAAUGUGACAAAUUCAAAGGAAAUUACUAGUGCUUCAUAUAAAAACGGCCAUGAAAAUGGAGAGAACAAUAUGUCUAGAAUGUCAGAAAGCCGUCGGUCAACUGGAAGUUUUUUCAAGGAACUAUUACAAUCUGAGAAAGCACACCAGAACGGACAUGUUGAUGUUUCACAAUUUGAGGAGAAUGCGAUUGAUCUGAUUAUGGGUGGAUCAGGGCUGGACGAUUAUCAGAUGUUGAACUUGGGAGCUGGCAGUCCAGGAUCUAUAUCUGACGAUCAGGAUUUGGUCAGUGACCCAGGGGAUCCUAUCCACAGCGAAACUCUACUUAAAGAAUUGUUCUACAAAAAUCCAGACAGUGAAGUGAGCGAGUUGAGUGAGUUUAGUGAUGAGGAUGUCAAGUACCAGAAGGUAGAGAGCAGACUCAGGACGGCUUCCCCGGCUCCCUCCAUGGAGGACCCAGACAAUGUGCGUCCACCUUCAAGGCGUUCCUCUGUGUCCAGUAUCACGUUGCCUUUACCAAUGACAGAAACUCCGGAGAAACCGAAGAAAAAAUCGGAAAAACCCAAGACACCAAAAAGAAAAGGAAGAGUGAAACUCCGCAGGAAAGGCAGUAAGAAAAGAAGGAAAGGGUCAAGGUCACUGAGUAGGAGUGCCAGUGAAUUCAGUGACGAUUCGUUUAAUACCUCUCGGUCAGAGAUGUCCCAGGUAUCGUUCGAUAUGCCUGCCUCAGAUCUGGAUGAACCAGAACAAGAAAUGGCACCUAGACGUGGUAAGAAAAAGGUGGAUGGCCUAAGCAUUGAGAGACUGACCCUGCUAGGGAGAGUCCAUGUGGCCAGGGUUGUGAUUGACCAGCUCAAGCUUGUUGGCUUUGAACAAAAUACAACUCCAUCGAAGAAGAAACCAGGCAUUAAAUCAGUGGGCAAGCCUCCAAAACCUUCACCUAAAGUCAAGAAAGCUGCAACCUACUUUAUUGAAUAUCAGUUUCCUGUGGUUGCUACAUCCAGAGAUAAACAUGCACCUAAUGCCAUGGCAACAGAGGUCACUAGAGUUGCAUCAAAAAAUAUCAAAGAUGGAGUUGUGACGUUCAAUCACCGUUCAGUCUUCCCAAUCAUGUUUGAUGGAACUGCAGUGGACAACUGGUGGAAGUCUGCUUUGAUCUUCAAACUGUUUGCAAGGUCCACUGGACAGAAAGUGCCAAAUCUGGUAGGAAGCUGUGGAAUUCCCCUGAAGUCCAUCCUUAAGUCUGACAGCUUUCACCUGGACAGUUCCCUGGACAUCCAGGAGAACAGUAUCAGUCGCCCGGGCAGUGCGUCCCGGCGAGGAGGGAGUGAUGUAGAGGGGUUCUAUGGAAAACUAAAGGUGUCUGUAGAAUUAGCGUCAGACAGCAAAGAUUUCUCCUCAGCUCUGGCCAAGACAAAACUUGCAGAAAUGAGUGGUAAAGCUAAAAUUGUGCCAAUCCCCAAACCUCCCCCUCCCAAACCUCCAGUAUCUCAGGAACCAAGUGCUGUUAAUACUCAGGAUCAAGUGCUACAUUUCAACCAAUUACGCAAACAAACAGAGUCCGAAAUGAAAGAGAACAUAGUGAGAGAGGUGGAAGCUUUUCUACAGAGGAAUUCUCAGGCCAGUAGUACCACAUCUUCUCAGCAGAAAAACUACGGCCAGGGCUUGCUACAAAUUCCUGUAUCUUAUGACCCGUCCAAUGAGCUUCCAGAGGUGCUUACUUUACACACUCUGUUACUGAUCCCGGAGGGACGUAACAUCACCUUGAAUGGCAUCCCUUGUCUAACAUCACUAAAAAGACACCCAGUUUUUCCACCUAAACCUCAUUCAAUGGCUUCAGACCCCAGCAGCAGAAGCAUGAACAGCAGAAACACGUACCUGGUCUGUCGGAUGUUUUGGUGCGAUGAUGCUGUACACUCGGACGUCUGUUGGAAUGACCCCCAGCCACAAUACAACUUCUCACAGAUUGCUCCAGUGUUGGUUUCACAAAGUCUGCUGGAACGAAUGAGGAACAACUUCAUGGUUGUGGAGAUUUGGGACAAGAAAACAAAUGCAGAGAAUGACAAGCUGAUUGGAAUAGUAAAGCUCAGUCUCCACCAAUUCUACAUGUCCUUCAGAGACAGAAAAAUAUCCUCAGCAUUGCUAAAAUCACAGUACCCAGUGAUUGCUGUGGACAAUUACCUGCCCAUUGUUGAUCCACUGACCGGCUCCCAGUACGGACAACUCAAAGUCCUUUUGGCCAUGGGGUCAGCCGAACAGGUGUCUGCCUUACAACGAAUGAAGAUGGAGAGUGCUGCUGGUCUGCAAGUGCUGAGACCUUCACAUCAACUGGAUGGAAAUUUAGAAACUAGUCAAGAAGGUGCUUCCAGAAAUCAGUUUGGAACCUCAGUGUUAGUGGAACACAUCUUUGAGGUGGUUAUAGAAGGAAUUCGAGGCCUCUCAAUGUUUGACAACAUGAUGUGGGGUGAGGCGGACUGCUUCAUUCAGUAUCACUUCCCCACCCAGAGCCAGACCGAGGUCCCAGGGGCCCCAAUAGUCCGACACAGUGUCCCUAAGAUGAAGACUUUCCGAAGUGCCACCACCCUCUGUAUCCCUGAUCCGACCUUUAAUGACAUCACCAGACAUCGACUAUGUCUGCCUCAGGGAAGCCCAGUACAGCGCGAGCUGUUGACAGCCUGUGCUGGGUCUGGUUCUAGUGGUGGCGUUCCUUUUGAAGUCUGGUGUAGGUACUACCAUCCCAAUGUUAGGGACCAGUGUAUCGCCAAGACUAGUCUACCAUUGGCAAAGCUGUGUGCAAUGGUAACAAUGCAAAAAAGGAACGAACCAGCGGUUCAGACAUUUACCCUGCCCAUAAACUCUGUGACAGGGGACGGUCAGGAGGAGGACCCAGAACAGAAGGCCAAGCAGAAAGAUUGUGGACUGUUAACCUUAACCAUUCACUACAAGACACACAUAGCCCACAACGAGAGCAGCACAGCAGCUCACAGGAAUAUUGGACAAUCCCAGGUCUGUCUGACUGUGGGUAUCCUCAAGGCUUGUGGACUCAAGGCUGCAGCAGAAAGUUUGGCCUACACUGACUCAGGUAUGCAGUACCCAGCCGAGGUGGGAGUCAACACCUACAUAAAAGUACAGCUGUCCUUUUUGGACAAGUCUGAGGAGAGGAUUACUAGGACAGUGGCCCGCUCCUUUGCCCCUGAGUUUUCUCAUACAAUGGACUUUCCAUGUAACCUGAUUUGGACAGAGGCGGACAAUGAGGCCCUCUCACUAGCAGAGAUCUUGGAGAGGGGACAGCUUCACCUACAGGUGUGGCAUCAGGUGCCGGGGUUGGCCUCAGAUAUUGACAGACAGAUGAUGUUAGAAGAUACAACCAGAGACAAAAAACUUGGUGAUGUGUUGCUUGGCACCUGUGAAGUACCACUGUCAACUGUAUUAACUCACAGGACUGGUAUUAGUGGAUGGUUCCCUAUCACUGUCUCACCUAACGUUUCAUCAGAAGACAACAUGGACGCCUCAGGUUACCAUGGGAACUACCUCCAUCGUGUUGUUGGGGGUGUGGAGUUGGAGGUAAAGUUUGCCCACCACAAUGACCGGGAGAAGGUGAUCCACGCGGGGCGGAAUGUUGGGUGGUCACCAGUGGAUCUACAGGUGGAGGAUGAGGAGGAGUGGAUGAGUGACGAUGAGAGCUCGGACCGCUUCUAUCAUAUCACCAUCUGUGUGGACCAGGCCAACUUUCCAUUGGCCAAUGCACUUGCUACAGGUCAGGAUACACUUGAAAAAGGAGCAAGAUGUUAUGUCCGCUACAAGCUUUACGACAAAGCUGCUGUUUUAUCCAAAGUAACCAAAAUGGCUGACAGUGAUGGCAUUCUGACCUCAGAACUUGGACACAAACACACACUUAAUAUUCCAGCUUCUUCUCCAUUUCGUUGGUAUCUUCGUGAGGAGAAGCUGGAGGUACAAGUGUGGGUCAGUUACAGUUAUAACCAGAGUCAGCGUCCACAGCACAGGGACAAGCUGAUAGGGACAGCUUACAUUAACCUGGAGACCCUGGCAGACACACGACGCACUCAGCACAGAGUCAGUGGGUUGUAUCCCUUGUUUAAAGCAGGAGGUGCUAACCUUGGAGGUGGCUUUAUUCAGGCUCAUGUCACACUGAAACCAAUGUUUGGGAUCCCAAGACAGAGAGAGAAUGAGGCCAACAUGUCGGACAUCCAUGACACAGAUUAUGACCCUAAUGACAGUUUCCACCAGCUCUCUGGCAAUACUAAGCGCAGCAAACCAAUCAGUAAGCAUGCCAGAGUACAGGAAGAAGACGAGGAAGUGGUCCCGUCAUUCUCCGUCCUCAUCUCUGUAGAACGGGCCAUGCAUCUACCUAGAGUCUCUGAAAACAGCAGGUCUGGAGAACACCUGCCAAACACGUAUGUUUCCUAUCAGACAGCUGAAUCAGCUGAUCCAACAUUUACCGACGUGUUUCCUAACUCGGACAACCCUGUCUGGGAUCAUCAGAACGAGACCAGACUCAGUACAGAGCUCUUGUACCAGGAAAACAGAAACUUAGUGUUUAAAGUUUGGCACAAGCCCAGCUCCUGUGGGAAGACCCCAGACAAGUGCUCUGACAGAGUGCUAGGGUUUGUUUCUGUGGAUUUAACUCCCUUGGCCUCUGGACUUCAACAGAUGUGUGGAUGGUAUAACAUUAUGGACUUCAAUGGGCAAUGUCAAGGCCAGAUUAAGGUAAACAUAAUUCCUCAAGAAUGUUUGAGACAGUAUAAUCAAGAGACCAACUCCCCGAACCAGCCCACUAGUCUUCCAGUUAGGAGUGAGUCAUCCAUACACCAUCUUCCAGCAUGGAUACAUGAACAGCCUAUGUCUUUCCCUCUCUCUGAUCGACCUUUCACCUCCAGUCUACCUCAGUUUGACUCUUCCCCUCUCACAGACGUAGGGCAGCCCCAAGUGUUGCAGCAGCAGUUGGUAGAGAACAUUAGAAACUUCCUUGACCAACAGCAGGCAACACUAGAUUCUAAACCAGACUUCUCUAGUGUAAACACCCAUAGAGAACCCUCCAUUCACUGGGUGCCUUCCGUGCCAGAGAACAAAUAUGAAGAGACCAAUGACAGUUCUAGAUCUUUCCUUUUUGGAAGUUUAAGGAAACAAAUGCAGGACUUGGAUCAGAUAACAUCCAGGUUGAAGCAGAAGUUGACUCCAGUAUACAGCCUCCCUCAGCAUUUGUCAUCUGAGCCUGAAGCCCCUGUGUCGUGUCGCUCCACAGGACAUGCUACUCUUACUUCCACACACUCAGGACUGAGCACCAUCUCCACACUCCACCUACAGCACAGUCAGAGGGACUCCUCGCGCACCCAGGAGAGCGAUUUACUCCUCACAGCUUCCAACGAGGCAGAGUCCUCCAGGACCGGAGUAGACUCAGGUGUCCUGUCUGUGACUCAGUCAAGUGAGAAAUAUCAGGAUCAAGAGGCUCUGGACUCGCAGAGGAGCGAUGGACUUGAUGCAUUCAGACUCAGGUCUUUGACUCAUGAGUUCAACAAGGAUUCUCCUAGGGAUCAAAACUCAGAUACAGGAAUUCACUGUCCGUACAAAUUACGUGAAGAUGAUUCUUCCUCAAACUCAAAUGUGGGAAACACUCCUAGAGAUUCUCACAGUAAAAGCAGCACACCAAGGGGGAGCACCCCAAGAGACCCAUACUCUGUGUCAAACGGUUCCAAAAUGUCUGAUCCAUCUUCUCUGGGGUUCCAGUACCAAGGAGAUAUGUCUUCUAGAAGUCACAUCUCAGCAAAGAGCAGUUAUCAGGAUGGUGGUGGAAAAUCUCCAGUGGACGUUGCAUUCGGUUUAGCAAAUGAGAAAAACUCUAACGUGAAUUUUAAUUCAAAUGAGAAGAAAAUGGAAUCAAAGGACAUGUCCGUCAUAGAGGAGAAUGCCGAUGAAAGUGGAGGGGAAGGGGAUGAGAAGUAUUACCAUAGAUACAGGGACAUCCUAGAUGAACAGGACAGUGAAGGUUCGGAAGUGGAAAGUGAGGCCGACAUAGUGGUACCUAGAACAUUAAAUGAUGUGUCUGGGAAGUUUGGGGGGAUUCCAGGCCAUGAAGCCCACUCCAAUGCUGGACCAAGGGAAUCACCAAGAGAAUUCCAUCAAAGUGAUCACACCAUGCCUUUUGAGGUUGGAAGUUCCAGAAGUGGGUCUAAAUCAAACUCUGGCAGUAAGAAAACUUCUGAGGCGGAGCUGUCAGACCUAGAAGAAUUGCAUAGAGAAAACCUGCAAGACUCCAGGUGUGAAAAACACCAGUUUUAUGUGGAGAAAGACAGCUGGUUCUCGGAUGAGGAAGGUGACCUUCACAGGUCAGGUUAUGACCCCUCUUUUACACAAAGGUCAACAAGGAUUGUUUCUUUGGAAGUUGAUGUGGAGGAAAACUUGCAAGAAAUUGAAAUUGUUGAAAAGGACAGUUGGUUUUCAUCAGAUCAAAGCAAAUCCAAUUUAGAGUCAUCAAAUCCUCCCAAUGAAAAUGACAACAGCGAGAUGAAUUCGUAUGUGAGGCAUUCAAAACACUUGUUAUCGAAAGUUAAACUUGAUACCAUUUCUUCUGUGGGAAGUAGAGAAUAUGAUAGUUUCUACAUCGAAGAAAGGGAUUUAUUAAACAAUGUGGAAUUAGACUCUGUAACUUCAGGAACAAAUACGCAAAAGGGAGAAUCUGUUUACAAUUCUACUGCAUCAUUCCACGUCAGGAAAAGUAGUGACCUUGAAAAUUACCAUGAAGAAAGAAUGACCCAUGACUGUGUGCCAAAAUCUCCAAAGGAAAUCUAUAACCAUGUUGUUAGUGAACUGGAGGAAUUCUUUGAACAUUCAAGGUCAGAAAGUGUCCAAGGUCAUUUCGCAGAUGAUAGUGAGGAAGAAGAAGAGGGAGACAAUUUUCAUCGUUUGGGAGAAGCAGAAAAUGGAAGCUCUGAUGAAGAAGAGGUUGAUAUUGAAGUACAACAAACCAAUCACGGAAAGGGCAAAGACACUAAUCAGCAAAUUCCUAAUUUCUUUUUACCUGUGGAACACCUGCAGGAGUCAAUGAAAGUCCUCCAUCUGGCCACCAAAGCUCAACCAGGGAAUGAUUCAUCAGAAGUUAAGAUUAUGGAUCCUCAGUGCAGGGAAGAGAAAAGUCAAGCUGCAGCUGAAAUGAAAAACAAAUUGAGUCAAAAUGUAGCCCAGUCCCGAUUUGCUAAUGGUCCAACUAAGAGCAGACAACUCCCUACAGCAGAGGAAGCCAAAAGAAUUGCAAAGAUUUUCUCCUCUAAGCAUUCUAAAUAACUGUGAAACAGAGAUAUACAAAAAAUGUUGUUACAUGACAGUGAAAUGUGGGAGCAUAGAGAAUCAAUAUAAUCAUAUGACAGUGAAAAAUGCAACUUCGCCAAUAUUCUAAGGUACAUGUAAUUUACCAAAAUCAUAUGACAGUAAACUAUGUAACUUCACUGAUAUUUUAAGGUGCGUGUAAGUUUACAGUUUUACCGUAGAACAUAGGAUGAUAGUUGUCCACUAUGUUUAUCCCACAUACUUUGCCACAGCAGCCAGGGAAUUACUAGUUUUAAACACUGUCUUUCUUGUCCCACCACUUUCAUGUGUAUAAUCCUGUUCAUCAAGUCUUUGUAGAUGGAUAAUAGAUCUAGUCAUUUUGUCCCCAGCUUUUAAUAUUUUCUUUAGAACAACACACAUAGGAGAAGUAGAAGUUAUUCUCAUGAAGCUAAGUUUCCAUAGAAGCAGUGUAGUUUAUUAUCAUCCUAGGUUUAGAUGACUCUCCCUAAACUACAGGACAGUAAUUGUUAUUGCAUUUAUUUCAUUGUUAACUUAUUGUUAUGUACUUGUCAUUGUUUUUACCUGUUUAUAUUGCAUCAAACUUACUUUUAUCUGUGAUAUCGAAGAAUUAUUCAGUUUGGUGUUAAAUAUGUAAAUAGCAUUUGUACAUAUAACUGUAGAUUUGCCUGCUUUGAGUCAAGAUGUUGCAAAACUCAUUGAAUAUGAAAUCCAUGUCCUGUUAUUUUUCUCAACAUAGAAUAUAGAAAUUUAGGUAUAUCGAUGAAUUUGAUUCACUGUAAUUUUACAACCUAUCAAGCUCUAGGGGCUGUCGGUGCUUUAGGAAUUGAAACUUUUCUUUAAAUAACAUGCUGGCUUGAAAUUUUUAAGAAUUUAUCUUUUUAUAUGAUAGAAAGCUAGCUGCGUUUUUUUUGAAAAAGAUAAUCUCGUAUUUAUUGGACGAAAUCUCUGUGUGGCAGAUCUUUUGUUUAGUGUUUGUACAUUUGUAAAUAACCCAUUAUUUAUUGCAUCAAACUCAGAUAUUGAAUACUUUUGAUAUUACUUUAGAAAGAAAAAAUAAAAAUAUGAAAUAAAAAUAUCAAAACAAUCA